UAACCCAAGGCUUUCUUCAUUACUUGAAGAAUCAUGGGCACAGGAACUCACUAGAACUCACAGGAACUCUGAAGAUGGAACACUGGAUUUAAACCAGACAGAGAUCUGAAAGGAAUGGAGAGCACGAAGAAAGAAAUGGCUUCUGAAGAAGAACUAGGAGUGUCUGAGCUGAGGAUUGUGCUGCUGGGGAGGUCUGGAGAACUGAAGUGUAAAGUGGGAAAUAUCAUCCUGGGGAAAGAGGAGCCCUCCUUAUUUUCAGUAACACAGCAAUGUGAGAUAGUCAGGGGACUGGUGGGUGGGAAAUGCGUGACUGUGAUCAACACUCCUGACUUACUUAAUCCCCAUAUCCCUCAAGCUGAAUUAGAUAAGCAGAUAGGGCAGUGUGUCUGUAUGUCUAACCCUGGGCCCCAUGUGCUUCUGCUGGUGCUGCAGCCUGAGGGAUUUACACAGAAGGACAGAGAAAGAAUGAGGUGGAUUCUGACCACUUUGGGUGAUCAGGCCUUUAACCACACAAUGGUACUGAUCACCCAUGAAAGCAAAAAAACAGAUUAUUGUUUUGAUGAACAAAAGGAUCCAACUGAAGAUCCUAUUAUUGAAGAAUGCAGAGGACGGCAUUACAUGUUCAGCAACACAGACAAGACUGACCACACCCAGAAGAUUGAAUUUAUGGAAAAAAUGUACAUGGUAGUUGAGGAAAAUAAAAGAAGAUACCUCACCUGUGAGAUAUAUAAGGAGGUAGAAGAAGGUACUACAUCAACACCAGAGGAAUCAAUGACAGGACAUGAGCAAGACACAGAGAGAGAGAAUAAAUCACAGGCCUUGUCUGUAGAAGAUCAGAAAGCACAGGAAGAAAAAUCAGACAUUUUCAUGUCUGAGCUGAGGAUUGUGCUGCUGGGGAGGUCUGGAGAAGUGAAGAGUAAAGUGGGAAACAUCAUCCUGGGGGGAGAGGUUCUUUCAGUAGGAGAUCAGUGUGACAGAGCACAAGGUCUGGUGAAUGGGAGGCCUGUGGCUCUGAUCAACACUCCAGACUUACUGGACCCUCAGCUCCCUGACAGGAAAUUAUUCUAUCAGAUAAAGAGGUGUGUUACUCUGUCUGCCCCAGGUCCUCAUGCAUUUCUGCUGGUGCUGGAGAGCAGCACAUUUACAACAGAAGAUAGAAGAAGACUGAAGAGAAUCCUGGGCUUUUUCAGUGAUGAGUCCUUUAAGUACUCAGUGGCACUGGUGACAGAGAAGAGUAAAGGUGUUUUUAACAUUAAGGAUCCUUUUAACCAGAGUAAGAGUCCUGUUCAUAAAGUUGUUGAGAAGUGUAGUCAAAGGUGUCACACGUUGAACAACACAGAAGAGAUUAAUUACACCCAGGUUACUAAAUUAAUGGAGCAAAUAGAGCAGAUGGUGGAGGAGAAUGGAGGAGGUUUCCUCCGCUGUGAGAUGUUCAAGGAGCCAGAAUCAGCUGCGCUAGGAGCGAUAGAGGGCUCACUGAUGGGGGCUGAACAGAACAUGGAGAGGAAGCAGAAACCACAGAAGCUGCAUAGAGAGCAACAGCAAAUGAGAAAAGGAGAAAAAGUGGCUGUGGAUGACAGGCUGAAUUUGGUGUUGUUUGGGAGCAGUGGAGCUGGGAAGACUUCUGCAGGAAACACCAUCCUGGGACAGAGGGAGUCCAGUGUGGAUCACAGCCCCUCUUCAGUCUGUGAGAGGAGAGAGGGAGAAGUGUGCGGUCGCCUGGUUACCGUGGUGGAAAUGCCAGCUCUGUGUGAAUCACAGCUCACUGCAUCCACUGUGUCUCGCCUCUGUGCCUCUCUCUGUGGCCCUGGAGUUCAUGCCUUCCUCCUGGUCACACCAGCUGCUCAUCUAACUGAUGAAGACAAGCAGAAUAAAAAUAUUCGGGAGCUUCUGGAGAUCUGCAGCAACAGGUUCUGUGUUUUCAACAACCAGGACAUUGCGAAUAACCUAGUAGUUCCAAAGCUUCUGAAGGCUAUAGAGGAGAUGAAUAUAGCAACAGAAAGCUGCUUUUCCCUGAAUAUGUACUUGGAGGCACAGCUGGAGCGGAAGAUCCAAGAGCUGGAGGAGAAAGACAGGAAGAUCAGAAAAUUAGAAGACCAUAUCAAGGGCAAAUCAUUGGUGUCUGAGCUGAGGAUUGUGCUGCUGGGGAGGUCUGGAGAACUGAAGCGUAAAGUGGGAAAUAUCAUCCUGGGGAAAGAGGAGCCCUCCUUAUUUUCAGUAACACAGCAAUGUGAGAUAGUCAGGGAACUGGUGGAUGGGAGAUACGUGACUGUGAUCAGCACUCCUGACUUACUGCAUCCCCAAAUCUCUCAAGAUGAAUUAGAUAAGCAGAUAGGGCAGUGUGUCUGUAUGUCUAACCCUGGGCCCCAUGUGCUUCUGCUGGUGCUGCAGCCUGAAGGAUUUACACAGAAGGACAGAGAAAGAAUGAGGUGGAUUCUGACCACUUUGGGUGAUCAGGCCUUUAACCACACAAUGGUACUGAUCACCCAUGAAGACGAAAAAACAGAUUAUUGUAUUGAUGAACAAAAUGAUUCCACUGAAGAUUCUAUUAUUAAAGAAUGCAGAUAUUGCAUGUUCAGCAACAUAUACAACACUGACCGCACCCAGAUGACUGAAUUUAUGGGAAAAAUUUACAUGGUAGUGAACAAGAAUGAAGGACGUUACCUCACCUGUGAGAUAUAUAAGGAGGUAGAAGAAGGUACUACGUCAACUCCAGAGGACUCGGUGACAGUACAUGAGCAAGAUACAGAGAGAGAAAACAAAUCACAGGCCUUGUCUGUAGAAGAUCAGAAAGCACAGGAAGAAAAAUCUGAUAUUUCCAUGGCUGAGGGUGACAGACUGAACUUGGUGUUGUUUGGGAGCAGUGGAGCUGGGAAGACUUCUGCAGUAAACGCCAUCCUGGGACAGAGGGGGUCCAGUGUGGAUCCCAGCCCCUCUUCAGUGUGUGAGAGGAGAGAGGGAGAAGUGUGCGGUCGCCUGGUUACCUUGGUGGAAAUGCCAGCAGAUGUUACCCAUGAGACUCGCCACUAUGCCUCUCUCUGUGGCCCUGGAGUUCAUGCCUUCCUCCUGGUCACACCAGCUGCUCCCCUCACUGAUGAAGACAAGGUGGAAAUAACAAAGAUUCGGGAGAUAUUUGGAUCAAAAGUCACUGAUUACAUGGUGGUCCUUUUUACCCAAGAAAGUCCAGCUGCUCAGCCUGUUCUUGACUUUCUGCAGCAGAAUAAAUAUACUCAGGAGCUUCUAAAGAUGUGUGGCAGCAGGUUUUAUGUUUUCAACAACCAGCACAUUGUGAAUAACCCAAUAGUUCCAGAGCUUCUGAAGGCUAUAGAGGAGAUUAAUAGAGCAACAGAAAGCUGCUUUUCCCUGAAUAUGUUUUGGGAGGCACAGCUGGAGAAGAAGGAAAGGAAAAUCAGAGAAUUAGAAGAAACUAUUAAGGACAAAUCACUGGGUGCUGAGUGUAAAGAUCAGAACUCGGACUGUGUGAGGAUAGUGCUCGUGGGGAAGACAGGAAGUGGGAAAAGUGCCACAGGAAACACCAUACUGCAGAGGGAGGAGUUCCUGUCUGAGCCCAGUUCAACAUCAGUGACAACCCGCUGUAAGAAAGAAGUAGGAGAAGUAGCAGGCAGGCGUGUUGCUGUAGUUGACACACCAGGUCUCUUUGACACAGAAGUUACUAAUGAGGAGGUCCAGCAGGAAAUGGCCAAAUGCAUCUCCUUUUUAGCCCCAGGACCUCAUGUGUUCCUCAUAGUUCUACAGAUUGGAAGAUUCACAAAGGAGGAGAUGGAAACAUUGCAGCUCAUUAAGAGUACCUUUGGUAAAAAUGCUGAAAUGUUCACCAUAGUCAUUUUCACAAGAGGGGAUGAUCUUAAUGAAUCCAUUGAUAGUUACAUUCAGAGGAGCAACAUUACACUCCAGAAUCAGAUUCAAGACUGUGGAAACAGGUUUCAUGUCUUCAAUAAUAAAGACAAGAGCAAUUGCACCCAAGUGCCUGAGCUGCUGGGUAAGAUAGACAUGAUGGUGAGGAAGAACGGAGGUGGCUGCUACACCAAUGCGAUGUUCCAGGAGGCAGAAAUGACCAUAAAGAAAGAGUGUGAAAGAAUACUGAGAGAGAAGGAGGAAGAGAUGCAGAGAGAGAAAGAUAGCUGA